GGAGCGCGCGGCGCUUCUGCCCCCCCCCCCCCCUUCCCUCGUGCAGGACAGGUGAAGUCGCGCGCGCUCUGACCAGGACCCACUCACUUCAAUGGGAUUAAAAGCGGUUUGUUUGCAGGAAGAAAGUUCAAGAUAACCUGGACUCAAAGUCAAACACGCCCUGAACAGACAUUCAGCAACGCUUGAGGACGCCAGCUGCCGUCCCCCCGCCUGCCCGCCACGCUGGCCACCGCCAUGACUUCCACCAAAGAUUUUGACAACGUGGAGAUCACGCAGCAGUACAGCCGCAUCAACACCCGCUUUGAGCUCUCCGACGAGGAACUAGACAACGACAACAGCUCUGCCAGGCUUUUCGAGCGCUCACGCAUCAAGGCCCUCGCAGAUGAGCGCGAGGCAGUUCAGAAGAAAACCUUCACUAAAUGGGUCAACUCCAUCCUCUCCCGAGUCGGCUGUCGCAUCUCUGACCUCUACCUGGAUCUGCGGGAUGGACGCAUGCUCAUUAAACUGUUGGAGGUGUUGUCCGGUGAACGACUGCCAAAGCCCACUAAAGGUCGCAUGCGCAUCCACUGUUUGGAAAAUGUGGACAAGGCCUUGCAGUUCCUCAAAGAGCAGCGGGUCCACCUGGAGAACAUGGGCUCCCAUGACAUUGUCGAUGGCAAUCAUCGCCUCAUCCUUGGACUCAUUUGGACCAUUAUCCUGCGAUUCCAGAUCCAGGACAUUAUUGUGGAAACGGGCCAGGCAGACCAGAAGGAAACACGCUCAGCUAAAGACGCUCUUCUUCUGUGGUGUCAAAUGAAAACUGCAGGUUACCCCAACGUUAACAUCACGAACUUCACGACCAGCUGGAAAGAUGGCAUGGCCUUCAACGCUCUCAUACACAAACAUCGGCCAGAUCUAGUGGACUAUGAGAGACUGAGAAGAUCCAACCCAACCCACAACCUCCAGAACGCCUUCAACGUGGCAGAGCAAAAGCUCGGCGUCACUAAACUGUUGGACCCAGAAGAUGUGUUUACAGAGAACCCAGAUGAAAAGUCCAUCAUCACAUACGUUGUGGCAUUUUAUCACUACUUCUCCAAGAUGAAGCAGCUGGCUGUGGAGGGGAAGAGAGUUGGAAAGGUUCUGGAUAACGCCAUUGAGACUGAGAAGAUGAUCAACAAGUAUGAGACGCUGGCGUCAGACCUGCUGAUUUGGAUCGAGCAGACCAUCGUCGUGCUGAACAACCGUAAACUCGCCAACUCUCUGACCGGAGUUCAGCAGCAGCUUCAGGCCUUCAACACCUACCGCACUGUGGAGAAGCCACCAAAGUUCCAGGAGAAAGGCAACCUGGAGGUGCUGCUCUUUGCCAUCCAGAGUCGAAUGAGGGCCAACAACCAGAGGGUCUACACGCCUAAAGAGGGAGCGCUGGUUUCAGAUAUUAACAGGGCUUGGGAGCGUCUGGAAAAGGCGGAGCACGAGCGGGAGCGCGUCCUGAGGGAUGAGCUGAUCCGGCAGGAGAAGCUGGAGCAGAUGGCGAGGAGGUUUGAUAGGAAGGCUGCCAUGAGGGAAACGUGGCUCCUGGAGAACCAGAGACUGGUGGCUCAGGAUAACUUUGGCUAUGACCUAGCAGCAGUGGAAGCAGCAAAGAAGAAGCACGACGCCAUAGAGACGGAUAUCGCAGCAUACGAGGAGCGUGUUCAGGCCUUGGUUAACAUCUCCAAGGAGCUGGAGUCCGAGCGUUACCAUGACGCCAAAAGAAUUGAUGUACGCAAAGACAAUGUUCUGCGUCUUUGGGACUACCUGCAGGAGCUGCUGAAGGCCCGUAAGCUGCGCCUGGAGAAGAACCUGACCUUGCAGAGGAUUUUCCAGGAGAUGCUUUACAUCAUCAGCUGGAUGGAUGAAAUGAAGGCUCGGCUGCUGUCUCCAGACUUUGGAAAACAUCUGUUGGAGGUGGAGGACUUGUUACAAAAGCACUCUCUAUUGGAGAAAGACAUCGCUCUGCAGGCUGAGAGGGUGCAGAACGCCAGUGCUGCUGCUCUGAAGUUUGCCAAUGGAGACACCUAUAAACCAUGUGAUCCUCAAGUGAUCCGUGACAGGGUACAGCACCUGGAACUGUGCUACCAGGAGCUUUGCGCUCUGGCUGCCCAGCGGAGAGCUCGUCUGGAGCAGUCUCACCGCUUUUGGAACUUCCUGUGGGAAGUGGCGGAGCUAGAAAGCUGGAUUAAGGAGAAGGAGCACAUUUUCUCCUCCCUGGAUUAUGGCAAAGACCUGACGAGUGUGCUGGUGCUCCAGAGCAAACACAGCGCCUUCGAAGACGAGUUGGCAGCGCGCCGUUCCCACCUGGGGCAGGUUCUAGCAGAGGGGGAGAAGAUGAUCCAGGCAAACCAUUUUGGUUCCCCAAAGAUCCAGGAAUGCAUGGAGGACAUUGGGAGGCAGUGGCAGCAGCUGGAGGAACUGGCUGCCUUCCGAAAGCAGAACCUCCAGGACACUCAGACAUUCUUCCAGUUUCAGGGGGAUGCUGAUGACCUCAAGGCCUGGCUGAUAGAGGCCAAGAGACAGAUGAGCAGCGAGGAUGUGGGAACUGAUGAGUACACAACCCAGCGGCUACUGAAAAAGCACAACAACCUCAAAAAUGAAGCUAUCAAGAAUGGAGCCACUAUUGACGCUCUGUCCAAACAAGCCAACGCCCUGCCAGAGGAGCUGCAAAACACUCCUGAUAUCCAGAGACGUCUGAAAGACAUCAAGGACCUUUACAUGGAGCUGCUGUCCCUGGCUGACCUGAGACAGAGGAAGCUGGAAGACGCCAUGUCUCUGUACACCAUCUUCAGCGAGACGGAUGCCUGUGAGCUCUGGAUGGGGCAGAAGGAGACGUGGUUGGUGGACUUAGAGGUGCCUGAGAAACUGGAAGACUUGGAAGUUGUCCAGAACAGGUUAAUCAUUUUAUCUCAAGAUAUGGCAAAUGUUCAGUCAAGAGUGGACGACGUCAACAGAGCGGUGAAACAGCUGGAGGACAGCCGACAUCCGCGUACCAAAGAAGUCAAGGAGUGCCAGAGGCGGCUCAACAAGAGAUGGGAGGCUUUCAAGGCCAUGGUGGAGGAGAAGAAGAGGAAAGUAGAUUCAGCCAAUAGUCUGCAUAACUACGCACUGGAGUGUGACGAGACAGAAGCUUGGAUCAAAGACAAGACGCGGGUGGUGGAGUCCACGCAGGAGCUGGGCAACGAUCUGGCGGCAGUCAUGACCAUCCAGAGAAAGUUGUUCGGUAUUGAGAGAGAUUUAGCCGCCAUUAAAGCCAAGCUGACCUUCCUGAGGAAGGAGGCGGAUCGGCUGGCUCAGGAUCACCCUGAGAACGCAGCUGACAUCUUGGCUCGGCGAGGAGAGCUGGACGCCGCCUGGGAAACACUCAGAAAGACCCUCAAUGACAGAGAGGAGUCUCUGGGCGAGGUCAGCAAACUGCAGACUUUCCUGCAGGACAUGGACGAUUUCCAGUCCUGGCUUUUUAAAACCCAGAAAGCGGUAGCUUCUGAGGAAGUGCCCACCUCACUCCCAGAGGCUGAGGAGUUGCUGAGCCUUCAUGAUGCUGUGCGUGAAGACAUAAACAGCCACGAGGAGGAUUACCACAGAGUCAAGGACACCGGGGCUCAGGUCACCCAAGGUCAGGAGGAUGAUCCUCAGUACCAGCAGCUAGAUCAGAGGCUGAAAGGCUUGGACCGUGGAUGGUAUGAGCUCCAGAAGAUGUGGGACAGCAGGAAGAGCUUCCUGGACCAGGGUCUGGGCUUCCAGCAGUUCAUGAGAGACAGCAAAGCCAUAGAGGCCAUCCUCAACAACCAGGAGUACACCCUGGCCCACAUAGACAAGCCCGACACCUUGGCCGGCGCGGAGAAAGCUCUGAAGAAACACGAGGACUUUGUGAGCACCAUGGAAGCCAACCAGGACAAGGUGGACGGCGCCGUGCAGAGUGGACAACGGCUGGUGGACAGCAACAACAUGUACUCUGGAAAACUGCAGGAAAAAAUGGACUCCAUCCAGGACAGGCAUAACAAGAAUAAGGAGCGAGCAAAGGAGGUGUCUGAAAAGCUCAGAGAUAACCGUGACCUGCAGCACUUCCUGCAAAAUACUCAAGAUUUGACUGUGUGGAUCAACGAGAAGAUGCUGACGGCGCAGGACACGUCAUACGACGAGGCCAGGAACCUCCACAGCAAAUGGCUCAAACAUCAGGCAUUCAUGGCUGAACUGGCCUCCAACAAGGACUGGCUCAACAAAGUCGACCAGGAGGGGCAGGAGCUCAUGGAGUCAAAGCCUGAGUAUGAGCCGAUCGUGACGGAGCGUCUGGCCAAACUGCACGAGCUCUGGGACAGACUGGAGUCCACCACUCAGGAGAAGGCCCGGCUGCUGUUUGACGCCAACCGCUCCGAACUCUUUGACCAGAGCCUGGCAGACAUGAAGAAGUGGCUGGGUGAGCUGCAGCAGCAGCUACAGGGGGGAGACGAAGACGUCAAAGACCUGACGAAUGCCAACAUCCUCCUCAAAAAGCAUCAGAUGACAGAGAACCAGGUUCGUGACCGCGCCCGGGAGCUGGAGGAGCUCCAGGAGGCCGUCAGGAAGCACGGAGGAGGAAGGGAAGACCAGCCCGAGCUGGAGGCAGAGCAACAGGCCCUGCAGAGGGAGUUCCAGCAGCUCCUCACACCUCUGGCUCAACGCAAGGGCAAGCUGGAGGCUGCCAAAGCUGUCCAUCAGUUUUACAGGGACCUGGCUGACGAGCUUCUGUGGAUUGAAGAGAGGAUGCCUCUGGCAAUGUCACAGGAGCAUGGCAACAACCUUCAGACGGUGCAAAUGCUUCUGAAAAAGAACCAGACGCUUCAGAGAGAGAUAGAGGGUCACCAGCCUCGCGUGGAUGAAGUAAUCGAGCGAGGAAGAAGGAUGGCGGUCGCCGCCGGCGCCGAGGGCAAACCGGAGGCGGAGCGAAUCACAGACCAGCUGACGGAGCUGGAGACGGCGUGGGCCGGGCUCCAGGAUGAGAUGGAGAAGCGUCGGGAGCGACUGAGCAAGUCCAACUUGGCCCAGCAGUAUUUCAAUGAUGCUGAUGAGGCGGAGGCCUGGAUCGGGGAGCAGGAACUCUACAUGAUCACGGAUGAAAAGCCCAAGGACGAACAAAGCGCCAUGCUGAUGCUCAAGCGUCACAUGAUCCUGAAGCAGGCGGUGAAUGACUAUGCCGACUCUGUCCAGAAGCUCUCUGAUCAGGCCCAGAAGAUGUUUGCAGAGGAACAUCCUGAUGGGGAGGAGAUCAUCAGAAGGCAGGGUCAGGUGGAUAAGCAGUAUGCAGGGCUGAGGGAGCUGGCGGAGGACCGCAGGAAGAAGCUCGACCACACCUACCAUCACUUCCUGCUGAGCCGAGAGGUGCAGGACCUGGAGCAGUGGAUUGCAGAGAGAGAUUUGGUAGCAUCCUUACAGGAGAUGGGUCAGGACCUGGACCAUGUGACGCUUCUGAGGGAUAAGUUCAGAGAAUUUGCUCGAGAGACGGGGAUGGUGGGCCAGGAGCGAGUGGACGUGGUCAACCUGACCAUAGAUGGCCUGAUUGAAUCGGGCCACAGCGAGGCGGCGUCUUUGGCUGAAUGGAAGGACGGCAUCAACGAGAGCUGGGCCGACCUGUUGGAGCUCAUCGACACCCGCGCCCAGCUCCUCACGGCCUCAUACGACCUGCUCAAGUACUUUGAUGACGGAAAGGAGCUGGUGGCUCAGAUCUACGAGAAGCAAAAGGAGCUGCCAGAAGAUGUGGGUGAAGAUUUCAGCAUAGCAGAGUCCUUCCACAGGAUGCAUGCUGCCUUUGAGAGAGACAUCACUGCUUUAGGAAACCAGGUCCAGCAGUAUCAGGAGACAGCUUCAAGGCUCCACGCUCAGUACGCCGGGGACAGAGCGGCCGACAUCCAGGCCGCAGCCAGACAGGUGAUGGAGGCCUGGAAGGGCCUGCUGGACGCCUCGGACGGCCGCAGAGCGCAGCUGGUGGACACAGCAGAGAAGUUCCGCUUCUUCAGCAUGGCCAGAGACCUUAUGGCCUGGAUGGAGAGCAUCAUCCAGCAGAUAGAGACUCAGGAGAAACCCAGGGAUGUCUCAUCAGUGGAGCUCCUGCAGAAGUACCACCAGGGUAUUCGCUCAGAGAUUGAAGCCAGGGAAGCCAAAUUCCCAACGUGCAUAGAUCUGGGAAAGGCCUUGCUGACUCGGAAGCACCGUGACUCAGUUGAGAUCAAAGAGAAGCUGGUCCAGCUGAUGGAGAAAAGGAAGGAAAUGAUGUUCAAAUGGGACGACAGAUGGGAUUGGCUCCGCCUCUUGUUGGAGGUGUGUCAGUUUGCCCGUGACGCCUCGGUGGCAGAGGCUUGGCUGAUCGCUCAGGAGCCUUACGUGACGAGCAGAGACCUGGGCGGGACCGUGGACGAGGUGGAGAAACUCCUGAAACGACAUGAGGCCUUUGAGAAAUCCACCGCCACCUGGGAGGAGCGCUUUUCUGCGCUGGAGCGCCUCACGACGCUGGAGUUGCUGGAGCUCAGGAAGCAGCAGCAGGAAGUGGAGAGGUUCCUGAAAGAUGAGCAACGCUCCGAUAAGGACAGCAGGAGAGAAGACACAGGCUUUGCAGAAGAAUCUUCACAACUUUACACAAUCGGAGAGCAAACUCUGUCCGGUACGAUGGAUCCCAGUUCCGCCCAGCUGGAGGGCACCGCCGGGGAAACCACGGCACUCGUGGCCUCUUCAGACAUGAGGGAGAGUGCUUCCUUGGAGCUGGACCCCUCCAUCUCAGUCGGGACACCAAAGGAGCAGGAGAAGUCUGCCACCAUGCCUGCAGAGUCCAUCAGAAGCCAGGCGGUGCUGCAGGAGGGCAUGCUGAGCCGCAAACAUGACGUGGAGGGCUCUGGGAAGAAGGCCUCCAACAGGUCGUGGAACAGCCUGUACUGCGUGCUGAGAGCAGGUCAGCUCUCCGUCUAUAAGGACGCCAAAAGCUUUGGACACGGGCUGACGUAUCACGGCGAGGACCCCCUGUCGCUCAGUGGCGCCACCUGGGAAAUCCUCUUCAACUACAAGAAAAAGAAGCACGUUGCCAAACUGCGUCUUGCAGACAACAGCGAGUAUUUGUUCCAGUGUAAAGAUGAGGACGAGCUGCAGAGUUGGAGCCGGGCCAUGGAGCAGGCCGUUCAGGGCCCGCCAGCGGAGGAGGCGGCGCCCGGGCCCUCAGGAGCCAAAACCCACAGCCUGCCCGCCCCCACCUCCUCAGCUGCCCUGCCGGAGCCCAGCGCUGCCAAGAAAGACAAGGAGAAGAAGUUCAGCCGCUUCGCCAAGAAGAAGUGAACGGAAAGCGCGGGGGACUGAGCGUUGCCUAGGCAACCUGGAAUGCGAAAGAAGUUAUUGUGUACAAUCACAUAUCACUUGUUUUUUAUAUAUUUAAUUUUGUGAGAACUAUAGCAGUUUAGGGUAAAACCAUCACUAUUUGCCUGUAUUUAAGCCAGAGUAUUUGUUGUUUGUGUUCUUUUUAACAAACCAAAUUCAAAAGCACAGGAAUGCUCCUUUCACACUCAACCAAAGAUUGCUUUUCUUUUCUUUUUCUGUAACUUCUUGCAUCAGUGAGGCACGAUGAAGCCACGGGAACGACGCUUCCGCCUUUAAAAAAUGGUUGUGAACUGUAAUACUGUGCUGUUUGACGUAUCGGAGCACGGACUCGACCAAUCGGAGCGGGCCGAAGGAUGUUUUUACAACGAGCUUUGUAAAUGCGGUGUAAAGAUUUGGUGAAGAGGCGCCACUCCAGCUGAGACUUGCUAUUGGCUGACUGGCAGUCAUGUGACACCGGUCACUUCUCAGCUGAUCUGUGGAGGCAUUUAUUUCUGUCAACUUUAAUUAUAUCCAACACAUGUAUUUACCUCUUCUAUAUUUUCUAUCUACUCAUCAACAUAUACAGUGAAGAAGACGUAUAGAGAUACAGAUGCAUGACUUUGACCAGCUUCAGUUUGAUAUGGUGCUAUGGUGGAAUUCUUGACAUUUCAAACAAGACCAACCUGACAUGCCUUAUCAGUCUCCAACUUUGGCUUGCAGCGGCACAAACACUGAAUGCGUUCACUUCGCACGGACAUAUCUGAGGGGGGAGGUCUCAGAAAACAACGAAACAUGUCUUUGUCAAAAAAAAAAAAAAACAUUUA